UAACGGACGGAGGAAAAUAACGACAGACCUUCAUAUUCACAUUAAACUGAGAUGCUAUCUGCUCUCUCCCAGACACGGAAAAGGACCAUAAAACUGUAGACAGGUAGAAAAGAUACAAUGGAUAAAGUGAUACAUCACCUGUUUCUUUUGAGUUUUAUUGUCUGUGUCAUUGCUAAAGUGGAAUGGAAAGUAGAAGAAAAAAUAAUAAGAUAUGGAGAAGAUUUAAGACUGCUUUGUAUUGCUGAUAAUUAUACUUUUGAUGGAGUGGAGAUUAAAAGAUGGGAAGGAGGACCUAAGCAGAAAAUGCUGACAUUUAACGGGGCUCCUGAUCAAGAUGAUGUUAUGAAAUAUAACAUGUCCAUGCGUCAAGACGGUUUUGAUUUGUUGAUUAAGAAUGUUACAGAAAUUGAUUUAAAUGUGACAUAUAAAUGUACUUUUGGAUUUAAAUCAUCAGGAAAAGUUAUGCUGAUAUCAGACGAUGCUUUUGAAGUACCGGUAAGACAGACUAUGAAACCUAGUAAAAUAGAAAGAAAGGGAGAUAACACAUCAAUAAUUUAUGUUAUCCUAUUAUCUGUGUUACCGGUACUUGUUGUUGCUGUAAUUGUCAUCCUAUUUACUUUACAACGUAAAGGAAAACUAAAAGAUCUGAAAGACAAAUUAUGUGAUAACAAGGCAAAAGCAGAACAUAGAGGAACAAGUGUUGCUUGGAAAGCUGAAGAAGAUGCCUCAUUACUCCCACAGCCAAAUGAGGGAAAUUUAGAAAACAUAGAAGAUGUUCCAUUUGUUUCAAUACAACCAAGCCAGCCAGAAAUUAUAACAGAAACUAAUAUAGUAGAGCCAAGUAACACAGAACUUGUUGAUGAAUUCUCCAAUGAUGCCUCACUUAAAAGUGUUACUGUUCCCAAAGACCCUGCAUCAUGUACUUUCACAGAAGUUAACGAAUGUAACUCAUUUCCUCAACUGCAAAUUGGUGGACAGGAAGAGUGUCAAGAUGUUCCAGUUGUACCUAUGACACCUCAUCAAUUAGAACUACCAGUAGUAGCAAGUGUAACAGAAAGUAAAACAUUGGAGCCAUGCAUCACUGACCCAAAUGGGGAAUCAGUUGAUGAAACUUCGCUUAAACAUGCUAAUGCUGUCGGAGACCCUGCAUCCUCUCUGACAGCAAGUGUUCCUGAUAGAGGUUUCCAAUAUAGUAUAUUAGAUGAGCAAGAGAAUAAAAAGCAUACACCUGCUCAUAAUAAAUAUAAUGCAGCAUAUAAAUGUCCAAAUACAAGAGAGAAAAGCUUCAAGUCACAACAUUGCAAAUGGACUCUCUCACAACCAUCCAUACAACAAAUGGCCAAAGCUGGAUUCUUCUGCAGUGGACAUAAAUCGAAAGUCCAGUGCUAUUCCUGUGGUAAAAGGAGUGAUUGGCAAGAAGGAGAUGAUCCAUUUGAUGAAAUCUUUCAUGAAAAUUGUCGACAUCUGAAACACAUAAAGGGAAAACAGGCUUCAGGUGAAGGCUUGUAGCAGGAACAAACUACCAACUGAACUGCAGCUGAAAUGUUAAAAUGGAGUAAAAAUAAUGAAAUUUGCUAUUAAUAGACAAAAUGCAUAAUUUCAAAUUAUCCCAUUUGAAAAUAAACUUCUUUAUACAGAUGACAAUUGUUCCAAGAGCAGAUAGAUGUUGAUCUGAUGAUAAAGCUAUUUUGUGUAUUUUUCGUUUGAUCUUUUUUUGUGAUAAUUUUUCAUAUCAUGCUACUCGCUUGAGAUAGAAAAUUAUCAUCAGAAACUAAGGGCGCACGUGACGUUGUGAAUGUAAAAAUUAACGACGUCAUAGGCAAAAUAGCGAUAAAAAGAUUAACAAUGGUCUUUCAAACUCGAGGAUGUUUCUCGGCCACAUCUCAUCUCCGGGAUGUCGCCGUUCGAUGAGGUUGUAGCAGAGAAACACCCUCUCGUUUUAAAAACCAUCGAUAAUCUAUAGAUAUGGUUUGUUUAAAACAAGUAUUGAGUUAAUGGUUUGUAGGAUAAUGUUCUUUUUUAUAGAGAAGGUAGAAAUAUGUUGAACUUAGCAUUGACCUCAAAUACAACUAUUUUAUAGAGUAAGUUAUUUUGAAGUGCAUCAAAUGCAUGUUUACCAGUAAAUCAUAUUCAUUGGUAUAUUUAAUUAUACAAGUAAUUGUUUUGAAGUCUUUGCUUGUUUUUUUAUUUUAACGUUUGAUGUUAUUUAUUUAUUGUAAAGUUACAAAUCAUUAAUAUGUUGUUAUUUGGUUUCACAGUCAAGAUUAGUUUU